AUGGCUGACGAUAUUAAUGAAGAUAUUGAUCAAGACGAGGAGAUGGAUUAUAGUGACGACCAGGAUGAUAGGGAAAUGUUAAAUCGACUUAAACUCGAUCUUGUAAAAAAAGUUGUUCAGUGUGUCAUGUCCUGUUGUACUAAACGUGGUUAUUGCAGAGAUGGGGACAUUGCCGAUGUAUUUACCGGUAGAAAAGAGCGCAGAUUGAAGGAUAAAGUUUUGAAAAUAGUUAAAGAGGAAUUUAUGAAUGUUUUUGGAAUGAAGUUGAAACGUGAUGAUGAUAGUAAACGUUAUUAUCUCUAUAAUGGACUUGGAAGCAAUCUUGCAAUGAACGUUUCUCAAUGGUACGAUAAAAGGUGUGGACCUCUUUCCAAAUCUUUGGCUUCAGAAGUGCGCAGUCUAAACAGUAAUAGUACAAACAAUAAUGCUUCUGAUGAUGAGGAUCAAGAAAGUGAAAAAUUAGUGGAAAAUAGAGACUUUAAACGCUGGUUACUUACCUCAACUUUAAUGUUUAUUUUUAUGUCAAAACGGCAUCAGAGUAAAGGCAAUGCGAAUGAAAAAGGAAUUGAUUUUUUGUUGAUUAAAGAAUUUUUGGUAUUUUUUUUUUAA